AUGGUAAACACCGAAGAAGACGGCCUCCCUCGUCUGAUCGACGCCAUCGAGGAGGCCUCAAAGAUCCCAGCAAAGCGCCGCCAAACCCCCAUCAAACCCACCAUCGAGAAACUAACCACCCACCUCUACACCCACGGCGCUUCCCCGGACUCCCUCCUCCGCCUAGCCGACCUCCUCACCCUGCGUAACCACCUCGACCAGGCCUCUCUCGCCGCCAUCACCCGCAACCUGUACCCCUCCUCAACCGUCAGCGAUGAGGUUGUGUUACGGUUUAUCGGAGCACUGGGGCAUGGGCAGCUCAAGCCUACGCUGGCGCUGCAGGCGCUGUUUCUGAGAUGGCUAGUGAUGGUGUACCAUUUGUUGGAGAACCCGGGCGUGCUGGGGCAGGUGUAUGGGGUUUUGUUUGAUUUGUUGGAUACCGCGGCGAUUAGGCCGCAGUUGUGUCAUUUGUUGGCGUUGGUGACGAGGAGAAAGCAUGUUAGGCCGUUUCGGAUACAGGCUAUCCUCACUCUAUCUCGGCAGACCGGAGGUGACCCCAAUCUGACUGGCUUGCUGCGCGUCUUCAAGAACUACUACCCUGAAAUUAUCGUUGGCGAUGCCACGAAGGGCAGGGCAUCAGCAUUCAAGCAUCCCGACCCCCAAUGGCGGCAACACCUCGAUGAGAUCCAGCAACGACGCUCUGAGGCCCAAGAAGACGGCGUCCGCAAUGGUUUUUCCGUCAACCAUGCCCUUGGGCGUCGUCUAAGGGGCACGAAAGCUGUAUUGCCGACCGUUCAUACCUUCCAUGCUCAGGAAAACUCGAUAACUCUGGAGGAGAUUGACAACGCCGAGGCAUUCGUCAAGAACCUGGAGAAGUUUGAGCUGCCAACCCAGCUUGUGGCUGUCCUGGCAGAUCCCCUCCUGCAGAAGCUGUUGCUGCUUAGGCCAAGUGCUGAGGCCUCGUCUCGCAUCUCCAGCUGGCUCAUGGCUUGUCUUGGGGAUGUUGUCAGCGGAGAUGCUGAUAUUGAGCUACUCCUUGAUAUGGUCGAGGUUAUUCGAGACUAUGUUAUUGCUACCAAGGGUUUCCCCCCCCUCCUGCUCACCUUCUUCGAGCAAUUCCUCCACAUCUGGGACGACCUCUCCCCCCUCCUCAACCUCCUCGAAACAACCCUCCUCGACAACACCCCUUCGUCUCAACUCUCCCUCCUAACCUUCUACCACCGCCUCCUGCUCCACUGGACAACCCUCCUCCUGUCCUCCCCGGACCCUGGGCAAUACCCCGCCGGCACCUCCAUCCCCCAACUCAUCAGCCAUGUUAACAAGCUCGCCCUGACACUUUCCCAAACCAGCCCGACCGUCCACACACACCUUUCCAUCCUCGACUUUUACGCUUCUUGCGCAAAUCUGUACUCCAACCCGGCGUUGCUUUCGCAUAUUAGUAUAACGAUCCCGCAUCCAUUGUUGGUAUAUAAUCUGUAUUUUAGCCCGUCCUUGGCUGUGGUGUCGCGGUUGUGCGGGAUUUUAGCAAUGUACAAGAGGGCGUGGGAGGCAGUUAUGGCUAGCCCGUCCUCCUCGAGUUCCGGGUCGGGGUCGACGGUCAAGAGACAGUUAACAAAACACGAGAGGGCGCAGGUCAACGACUUCAACGGUUUCCUCAUGGACCUCUGCAACUGCCUGUGGCGCGGGCGCGCCUUCACCACGACCGAUCUCAACGCGCGCGGCUGUCUCCUCCCUCAAUCCGUCCAGACCGUUCUCGAGAAGUACGUCAGGGCAGUCGACUCGGAAAUGUCGCUUGCGGUAGUCUUCGGGCUGUCAUACGCGCCGACGCUGUGCUUGCAAGCGAUUUCGUUCAUGCGGGAGCUCGAGGACGAGGAUGAGAGCGUGCAGGCUAGGCAUGCGGGACCUGUGACGCAGGCUUCGUUGGCGAGGUUGGCGAGACGGGGGGGACUGGAGCUGUCGUGGCAGGAUUAUAGGGUGGGCGUAUUGGAGUAUUUGGAAGCGAAGGGGUUCGGGGGGAUCAAGGAGUUGAUGUAUAAUACGAUGAAGAAUCUGAUGAAGGAGAGGAGGACAUGA